GACGUUUUAUGGAAGCUUAGAAAUGACAGCUGUGUUGAUGUCGGUAUUUGGAUUAUACAACUAUUUAAAAGUUAGUUUUAGGGCCCCAACCUUUCACUAAAAGAAUAAUUUUGUAGAUUUGAAAAAAAAAUAUUAUUAAACUGUAACCGCCUUGUUUGGCUAACGAGGUGGCACUAUGCCCGCCGCUACUCUGGAUCAUAGCCAGAGAAUCUGUGAGGUGUGGGCCAACAACCUGGAUGAGGAGCUGAAGAGGAUCCGGCAGGUCAUACGCAAGUACAACUACAUUGCCAUGGACACAGAGUUUCCAGGUGUGGUUGCAAGGCCAAUCGGAGAGUUCCGAAGCAAUGCUGACUACCAGUACCAGUUACUGCGCUGUAAUGUGGACUUGCUGAAGAUCAUCCAGCUUGGCCUUACCUUUAUGAAUGAACAGGGUGAAUACCCACCGGGAACCUCAACGUGGCAGUUCAAUUUUAAGUUUAACCUCACAGAGGACAUGUAUGCCCAGGACUCCAUCGAGCUCUUAACCACAUCAGGGAUUCAGUUUAAGAAGCAUGAGGAUGAGGGCAUUGAGACGCUGUACUUCGCCGAGCUGCUAAUGACCUCCGGCGUGGUUCUGUGUGAGGGGGUCAAGUGGCUCUCUUUCCACAGUGGCUAUGACUUUGGCUAUCUUAUCAAAAUCCUGUCCAACUCGAACCUGCCUGAAGAGGAGGUGGAUUUCUUUGAGAUCCUUCGUUUGUUCUUUCCCAUCAUAUAUGAUGUCAAGUACCUCAUGAAGAGUUGCAAAAACCUAAAGGGAGGCCUGCAGGAGGUGGCAGAGCAGCUGGAGCUAGAGAGGAUCGGCCCCCAGCACCAGGCCGGCUCCGACUCUCUCCUCACUGGGAUGGCCUUCUUCAAGAUGAGAGAGAUGUUCUUUGAGGAUCAUAUUGAUGAUGCAAAGUACUGUGGCCACUUGUACGGGCUGAGCUCUGGCUCUGCCUACGUCCAGAACGGAACGGGCAAUGCCUACGAGGAGGAGGCCAACAAGCAGCAGUCAUGACAUCACUGUGAUCACACCCUCGCUGCCGCUGAAUGACGUCCUCAGUCAGUGCGGCAUUGAUGUCACUUUACGAUCAUGGAAGAACAAAAGUAUACACAUCGUUUAAAGUACUCUUUUUCACAAGCUUUAUUCACUUUAGAUGGUUGGUGAACGUGGUUAUUCGGAAAACAAAAUCACAGCUGUCCAGACAUACCGUAGGUGUGUGUGUGUGUGAGUGGAGUCUUUUUUCAUUUUUUUCCUCUUGAUGGAAGCAGCUUAAAGGGACUGGUUGGUUCAUUUAGAUUUCACAUGAAGCGCUUGGUGGAAAAAUAGUGGGAUUUUAGUUUUUCUAAAAUGUUCAGUAGGAAUUUUGCACUUUAAAAGCUCUAACCAGAUACCUGAUUUUAUACAGAAAGCUGAAAGUAUUUCUGGUAUCCUCUUUGUUGCCUUCUCUCUAAGUUCACAUUUAUUCACUUAACAUACCCUAUAUCCUUACUAUGAAAACUACUUUUUUAUUUAUCUAUGUUUUUUUCACCAAGCUCAGGCUUAAUAAUAGCUACAUUUUUUAUGUUGUUUUAAAACUUUAAUUUAUUGUGAUGUUUGUUCUUGUGUGACAUUGAAUAGUUGACCCAUUCAACACUAAUAUACCGGUCAGCUACAUGGAGAAAUGUUAUUCCCUGAUAAUAGGAUAAUGCUUUGUUGCCUUUGGAGAGGAGAGCUUUUUUGGACACAGGUAAUCACAGGUACUUCAUUGGCCCCGCUGGACUUGCACUAAUUUUACCCAGAGUAGUUGGGUGAGCACCAAUUUUACCAGAACUAAAUUAAAAACUAAAGAGCUUACCUGCCUUAUAAAACAUGAUGACGAGGCUACCAUGUACUUCUGUAUUGAGACUAUAUUUUUCAUUUUCAUUUUUAAAGUGACUCGACUGUUUUGUAGAGUUUUAGUACUGUAUGAAGAAAAAAAAGUUCUGAAUCUUUUACACAUUCAAAUACCAUUGCUUCUUAACCUACAUCUUAACCAACAUAAGAACUGUAUUCCUAAUUUCAGUGGGAUUCAUAUUACAUGUACUGCUGGUUUUUUGAAUGAAGCACAUUUUUGUGCUGUCUGUCGUUUGUUUCGUUGUUUUGUAUUGUAUUGCUUUACAAUUCAUUCAUGCUGCCUAAUACAGCCGCAUGUACAAAAUAUGUUUGAAUAAAUGCAGUGUUGUAGACAAGCAUCUUGAUCUUCUGUAGAAAUGUGUGUUUAAGUGUGUGUACACAACUUAUUAACCUCUGAGUGUCAGGAUCUUUAAACAAUAAGUAUUGUCUUUGAUCAUCACUCACCCUCACCUCCCACCCCAUUACAUCAUACAGAUCUUGUAAAUGGUUCAUAUUAGAAAAUAAGAAAAUAUGCAAUAUAAAAGAUUGGUUGUUUUCAGAGCUUUU